AUGCUGUCCGCGAGCCCGAGCGAAGCCGCGAGCACGUCGGGCCUCCCCGUGCAUGCGAAUGCACAUGCGCAGGCAAAUGCCGAAGUCCACAAGAUCCCGCAAAUACUGCCGCGAGAGCGCGUCUUUCCCAUACAGAUUGGGGGCGAGCUGUUCAAGUUGUCUGGGGCAUCCAUCUCCUCCGAUGCGCCGUCAUACUUUUCGCAAUAUUUCCUCUGCCAGAUCACAGCUGCUGAGAGCAAAGGCGAGGAUCCGUCCUCCUCGAUCCGGACGCUGUACAUCGAUCGCGACCCGAACACGUUUCGAGAUAUUGCGCUGCAUCUGCAAGGAUACCAUGUGACGCCGCGGGAUGGAACGCACUUUGUGCGCUUGUUCGCGGAUGCCCAAUUCUACAAUCUCCCCAAGCUCAUCUCUCAACUCAACGAGGAGAGCAUCUUCAUUUCCAUCGGCCACCGGGAAUUCCAGAUUCCGCGCGAUGUCCUCAACGAUCCCGCCAAUUCCCCAAACUACUUCUCCCUGGGCUUCGCCCUCUUCUUCUCCCAACCAAACGACCUCUUCCCGGGCCUCGAUCGCGAAGGACUGAUACGCCCGCCCUCCAUUCUUCCGCCUUCGGUGCCCAAUCGCAACGCCGACACCUUUGCCGAGCUGCUGCGCUUGCUGCGUGGCUAUCCCGUCAGCAUCCGGGACGAGACUCAUCGCCAGGAACUCCUUCGAGACGCUCGGUAUUUCCACUUCAAAGGGAUUGAACAGCAGCUUGUCCCCCACUCCAUCAGCUACAACCCCUUGCGUCAAGUCGACGAGAUUGUCCUGCGAUUGGAAAAUGUGCAGAAGAGCGGCGUCAGCAUCUCGGCUCCUGAGGACUUUGACGGCACAUUCAGAUCCUCUGUCAGGCAUGUCAGAUAUGCACGUCCAUAUGUAGAUAACAAGCCUGCGGAGUUGAUAUUGGAGAUUGGGGGAACCUCGACGAAGCUCAACUUUUCAGCCGAGGGAGCCAGAGCCGAGUUCUUCGGAGGUACGAAAGCGAGGGUAGCGAGACUGCUUGAGGUGGUUGCGACGAAGCUGAACUUGCCUCCGACGACACAGCCCCUGGGCCUCCUCAUGGCAUCAGGGGGUGCCAGUUCGCAACCAGCCACGCCAGGCAACACCCCGCUGAGCGAAGACCUCGUGCGGGUCGUGUUCGAAGCCGAGUCUGCAGUCGCCCUCGACGGACAAGACUACGAGGGAGACCUGGGCGGCUAUGGGGACGAAGAUGCUGCUACUCCCGCCAUUACCCCCGACAUGGAAGCCCUCGCAAAUCCCAGGAAGCGCCGCCGGACAGGCGAGAGCGUCGACAUUGGCUUGCCUAACGAGGGCCAGCAGUGGGCUGUCAGGAAGGGGCUGUUUCGGCUGCGUAUCCAGGAGAGCAAGAGCGGUAAAAGCGCGGUCGAGUGCGCUUUUGUGGCGGUCAAGAUUGAUGCAGUGAGCUCGGAGAGGGGCAGGAAUAAGAUGAGGAAGUUUCUUGGGGACUGA